AUGACUCUCAGAGGUGCUAAAAAUAUUUGUUCAUCUUCAAAUGCAGCUAAUUGUACGCAGUGCCUUGCACUUGGCCCAGAAUGUGGAUGGUGUACUCAAGAGGACUUCAUUGUGGAUAUAACAGAAAAUUACAGAUGUGAUACAUUUAUUAAUUUAAAAUUGAAAGGUUGCCGUUCAGAAUCAAUAGAACAUCCCUCUGUACAACUGCAAGUCUUAAAUACCAAAGUGGUGAAUAGUCAAGUCACUCCAGCUGAAGUUUCCGUUCACCUUAGACCAGGAGCUAGCAAAAAUUUUCUAUUAAGGGUUCACCGCUUAGAGAAAUACCCAGUGGAUUUUUAUUAUUUGGUUGAUGUCUCUGCUUCAAUGCAAGACAGUAUUGAAAAAUUGAAUUCCAUCGGAUUUGAUUUAUCUCAAAAAAUGGCAAAUUUUUCCCAAAAUAUCAGAUUUGGAUUUGGAACAUUUGUGGAUAAGCCUGUUACACCAUAUAUCAGUAUUCAACCACAGAGAAUUAAAAAUCAAUGCAGAGGUUAUCGAGACUGCAUGCCUCCCCAUGGAUACAUUCAUGUGCUGCCCCUAACAGAAAAUAUUACAGAAUUCAAAAAUAUUGUUGUGAAACAGAAACUUUCUGGAAAUAUUGACAACCCUGAAGGUACCUUUGACGCUAUGCUGCAGGCAGCUGUUUGUCAUAAAGAUAUUGGUUGGCGUAAAGAAGCAAAGCGUUUACUUAUUGUGAUGACGGAUCAAACCUCUCAUUUAACAUAUGAUAGCAAAUUAGCUGGUAUUGUUAUUCCUAAUGAUGGUCGAUGCCAUCUUAAGGACAAUGUUUACAGCAGGUCAACUGAUAUGGAACACCCAACUUUAGGACAGCUUGGAGAAAAACUGAUAGACCACCAUAUUAAUGGAGUUUUUGCAGUUCAGGGAAGACAGUUCCAUUGGUAUAAGGAUCUGUCACCAUUAUUACCAGGGACUGUUGCAAAAAAGAUGGAAUCAAGUGCUGCAAACCUGAAAGAGUUGGUGGUUGAUGCAUAUGAGUUACUUCUCUCAGAAGUGAAAAUUCAAGUGGAGAAUCCUAUGAAAGGUGUUCGCGUUGACGUCACUGCCAUAUGUCCUGAUGGAAGUAGACAUUUAGGAAUGGAAGGCUGUAAGGGUGUUAAAAGCAAUGAGAAUGUGUUUUUUAAUGUAACAAUUACAAUGGAUAAAUGUGAUGUAGCAGAGGGAAACGGCUACAUUUUUCUUAAACCUAUUGGUUUCAAUGAAACUGCCAAAAUUAAAAUACACAGAAGUUGCACUUGUCAGUGCAGUAAUGUAUCAAGGGGCAAAGGAAAAUGUGUAACUGAAGUUCUUCCAGACUGCCAAUCUCACUCAUGUAAAGAAGAGAGCUGCAGCUUAGAUGAAAGUGUCUAUCCUUCAGAAGGCUGUAAGGCAUUACCAGGCCGACCUGCAUGCAGUGGUCGCGGUGUGUGCAUCUGUGGAAAAUGCUUUUGUCAUAAAACUAAACUGGGAAAAAUUUAUGGGAAAUACUGUGAAAUGGAUGAUUUUUCAUGCCCUUACCAUUAUGGAAAACUAUGUUCUGGAAAUGGUGAAUGUGAAGAUGGUAAAUGUAAAUGUUUCAGUGGUUGGGAAGGAGAUCGCUGUCACUGCACAUCAUCAAAGGAACAUUGUAUGGACUCAUCCGGCCUGAUAUGCAGUGGAAGAGGAUCCUGUAUAUGUGGACAAUGUAAAUGCACUGAUGAGAAAAGCUUUGGCCCGUUGUGUAAAUACUGUUCAAAUUGUGACAAUACUUGUACAGAAAACUGGAAUUGUGAACACUCCCAAGUUUCUUCGAAUAUUUCAGAAUCUCAAAGCAAUUUAUUUAAAGACUUAUGUGACAAAGUCGUGUAUUAUAUUGAUCAGACUUCAGAAUGUUUCUCAGACCCAAGGAUCACUCAGAUCUUCUUUAUAAUCCUGACUGCUACAUUUCUUCUUGGAUUCCUUACUAUACUAAUCAUAAGAAAAAUCAUCCUACAAUGCAGUAAUACCAAACAUAACCGGUCAUCUGAUUACCAGAAGACUACACCUAAGAAGGACAAAAGAAUUUUGAAAAAUGUGUAUACAAGGACAGUAACAUAUACCCGGGAAAAACCAGAAGACCUAACUAUUGACCUCAGCUCAUUUGGAGUGCAUGAAACAUUUAAGUACAAAUUAUAAAUGAAACGCAUCAGCCAAGAGACAUUGACCUUUCCAAACUAGCAACAUCCUCUCAACCGUGUUUUACUACUAUUAGUUGUUUUUAUUUACACAAACACAUUCCGUUGCUAUGUUUGGAAGCUGAUGUACGGUAACAUCCAACUGUGUAGUCUGUGUUUUUAAUAAUGUAGCUGCUGUAUCAGAUCAAUGUGCAUUACUACUGUUUGGUACCACUGUUGAACGUAGCACUUUAUUUUUAUUGUUGUUUUUUAUUUUUACCUUUUUUUUUUUAUAACUAUUCUAAAGCACUGGUUACACUUUAUUGUUUAUUUGCGCUCAGAAUGAAAAUUACUACAUUGAUAAGACAGAAUUUGGCGUGAAAUGCAUGAUACAGACUUUCUAUAGAGUGCAUAAACUGGUGGCAAGUAAUUAACAGUGAUCAUUUUCAGGCAUUGUCUAUUUUAGGCUAUGUUUUCUAAGAAUAUUUGUUAACAUUAUUCACUUUGUAUUAAAGCAAAUGUAGUGAAUAUUGAUAACAUUUAUAUAAAUAUAUUCCAAUUUUUUUUGGAAUGAUUAAAAUUUUUUAUUGAUACUGUGUAUGAAGGACUAUUACAAAAAACAAAGCAAAAACAAAACAAAAAAAAGAAAGAAAAAUGCAACUGAUGUUUUAAUACCUUUUGUUUUGUUAAAGGGACAGAUUGUAAUAUAAAAUGCUUAAUUGUGCAUAGUAAAACAGCGUUGCUCCCUCUUCUGUAAUUUAAAUUUGAAAAUUGGGGAUUUUCCAAUCCUGAAAACUGAAAGAACCCAUGGCAGGCUUCACAAGCCUAACGUUACUACAUAUCUGUCAUUAAUAUUCAGUCUGUUAUAAUUUCUGCUGAAGUCAAACAAUAAAGAUCUGUUAAAACGACAGUGGCAAACUGUCUUCUCCAGACUCAAGUCUGAACUGGCUCUUCCAGAUAAGGAAAGUAGUGAGUGGAGUUUAACUAUUGAAAAACAAAUACAUCAAACAAGGUGUUAACCUAUUCUAAUACCAUUAAGAUGUACAAUGUGUUUGCUGUCCCUUUAAGAGACAACUUCCUGCAUUAGGCAUAUUCCAACACCAGAUUUAUUAGACCUAAAGAGCAAGUCCUCUUAUCUUUAUUUUCGCAUGUAUUUGGAGUUGCCCUUCAGGUCUAAUAUAAGUUGUGUCAGAAGCCGAAUACCUGAAACUGAAUAACAAAACCAGAAAUAGUGCAUGCGUCUAAUUUUGCUAAUGCCCUGUUUACUGGAAAUCUAUUACACAUUCAGAAACAUCAAAAGCCUAAGGGCUAGAUUACGAGUGGUGCAUUAACAGUUGCACAUUAGAAGUAGCGCCCAAAUUACAAGUCAAAAGUAAAAUUAUCAAAACAUACUUAAACGUACUGUAAAUUAUUCUAUAUAAUCCAUAGAAUAAAUCUAUACAUAUUACAGUAUGUUUAAUAAUUGAAAAAAAUAGUUUACAUGUAAUAUUUCAAAAACGUACCAUAAGAAUACUAAGUUUUCAUGUGAGCUAACCCGAACCGCUUUAAGAUUUUAAAUUGUGAAAUACGAUGCACAAAAUGCAUAUUUUACAUUCCUAUGGUCAUCACAUAGAAAAUAAUGUACUUUUAUUAUUAAAUAUAUAUUUCUUUAUAUAUCUGAUACUGUUUAUAUAAAAUGCAUAUAUAUACCUUUAUAUUUAUAGGAAUAGAUAUACAGGUAUAGGUAUAUACACAUAUAUAUAUAGAAAUAUGUACUUAAAUGGAUGGAAAGGUCAAUAAUGAAAUGUGCAUAGGUGCAUUUCAAUUUGAAAUAUAAGCAUUUUUGUAAUAUACUUCCAUUAGAAAAAAUGCUUCUAGUAAAAUGACUAUCACUACACCUUCUCAGAAAUUCUGCAUUGGCUUGUAUGAUACAAAUUACAUCUUAAAAGCAAUAUACACCACCGCCAGCUCUCUGAGAAUGUGUGGUGUUUGAAAACUGCUGCAUGAGCCCUCACAGGAUAUGCACAUAUGCCGCAGAAAAACAGUAAUAACUAUUAUUAGAAUCAUUUUUGCUAAUUGAAGUAUAUUGCAAAUAUGCUUUUAUUUCAAAUUGAGAUGCACCCAUGCACAUUUCAUUUUUCACCUUUCUAUCCCUUUAAGAAUAAAGAUAGCAUUAUCCUGUAAGUUAAGAACAUUGGAAUAAGAAAUAUAUUUUCAUAUCGGGUUAGUGCACUUGAGAAAAUGUGAUCGGGUUUGCAUGCAAGUAGGGUGUUAGUUUUUUUCCCACUUUUCUCGCUUCAUUGAAAUUUAUAGGAGAAUACUUAAACACAAUCACAAUAUUUUAACUUCAGCUGCUUGCGUGCAUUGGGUUAGCGUGUGAGCAAAAAACGUUUUACUUUCAACUUGUAAUAUGUGCAGUACAUGCGCAAAAAGCCAAAGACAAGAGCAGUUAGCACGGGAUCGAUAAUUAGAUCUCCACUAGUAAUCUAGCUCUAAAUUUGCUAAACGUUAGGCUCUAGAUGGGAGAUUUGUUCUGUCAACUAUAAAGGGACAUUGUGGGCAUUUUAUUUGCUUCUUGACAAUAUAUAUAUUCCUUGUUUUGCUUGUGAAAAACUAAAUUGUGAUGAAUAAACUUACAUUUUUCUUACCGGAUUGCAGGACUUAACAACUAAUGAGAAUUAAUGCUGCAUUAUGCAACAUAUCUAGUUUCAAUUUAAAUUUUGAACUGCCUUGUGUAAUAUUUUCAUCAAAAAAAAUAUGUUUACUUAAUAUUCUUUCAUAUUCAUGAUCUAAAAUGGUUGCCUACAAAAUCCCUUCUAGAUGUCAGGAUUAUUGCUUUUGUGUAAAAAUUGUACUUUAUCCCACGCUCCCUAAAAAGGACGCCAUAAAAACCCAAUGUAACCUGUAAAUGCUGUAAAUUAAACAGCUGAUUUACACAAUUUACAGCAUUUUGAAAACCUGGGUAACAGGUUUUGUUUUUUGACCUCUCUAGGGAGUGUGGAGUGGUAAAAAACACAAUUUUUAAUUAAAUCAAGAGGAGUUGAACGUGCUUUUAAGUUGAUUAAUGCUUUCAAACAUGUUUUUGGCACUGGUUAAAGCAGUAUACACUGCACUAUGGAAGUUACCUUAAUAAUACACCAUGAAUCACUGCCACACUACAGUGUUGUCAAUAUAUCAUAUGUCAUUUGAAAACUGAAGAUUAGGUAUGAUUUUUUUUUAUGUAUAACUGGACUUCACUUGAAAAUGAAUUGUUAUUUUUUAAGAGAUAAAAUAUGCUUCCAACUAGUAAUCUUUUGGUGCCAAAAUGUUCUUAUGGUUUAUGGAUUUUUAUUGCUAAUAAAUAAAUAUGGCAUUACCUGUGUGAAUGCAUCUCAUAACAUUAACACCAUCACAUAAAAUAUCCUAAAAUAUAGGAUUUAAAACAGGGCAUACUGCACUAAAAACCCUAUAACAGAAGUGUUACAAAACGGAUGCUUUUUCAGAUUGACAUACUGAUAAUUGCCAAUACCCAAUCCCCCAAAAAUAUUAAUUCAUUCAUUUUAUGUUCAUCUGUUUGAUGUUUUGACUCAUAAGAUAAACAUUUGAUAAAUACAAGUUAUGUUUUUAUUUAUUUAGUGUUUCAAAUAAUAAAUGUAAUCCUUUCUUGCAUA